UAUACGUUACACAUAAACACAGGUUCGCCACCAUGCCCAUCAACACCUCGGAGAUCCUGACCCUUGUGACGCAGGUGUGUGAGGAGGAGAAACUGCGGGUCCCGGUGAAGGAGAGUCUGAAGGGCGGGGCGAUAGCCUUUGCCACCACCACUGUCGGGGGCCUUCUUGCAGGGCCGGUGGGUCUGGCCGUAGGAGGGACAGUCGGAGGUCUGACGGCAGCCUUUCUGUCGCAUGGCAAGUUUAAGAGCGUCGCUGACGUCAUCAGGAAUGACCUCACGGUGGCACAGAGGGAACAACUCAGCAACUCAGUUAGGAUGUUCCUGUGUAACAGAUCUGUUAGAGAUCUUGCUGAAGCAUCAAAGCUCCUACUCAGUCCCACAGUCAAGACGAUACUUCUUCAAAUAGUUGUUCAGGUUGUUUUCACAGCAAUAGGGAUCGUGUUCAAACUCUCAAGAGACAAGGCAAGCCGUGACAGGGCUGUGGAGGAUGAGCCGCCUCCCUCCAGGGUCUGAGUCCUUGUGGACAGUGUGACAUAUUUACUAGCAAAAGUAGAUCUGAUUGUAUAAGUUAGUAUUGACUUUGUCCUACAGAACAUUAUCUACGGCAUUGGUCCAGAGGACGUGUUAGUUCUCACUGCGUACGCUCUCCAGCCUGCGGUGAAGGAACGGGUGCUGCAGGAGGUGUUCAGCUUCUUCCGGUCACAACUACAACUGCAAAUUGUAGACUGAGCUCU